UUUUUGUUUUGGCUACGCCACUGAAUUCCCAUAGGGAUGAGUCAGUAGAAAUUCCUUUAUUUACUGUUUUUACCUGGCUAUCUGUUUGAGUGUCUACAUUUUUUGUUGGUUUGUUUUUUACUUUCUCAAUUUGCUUUUUUAGUUCUGCUAUUAUAUUUUCCUGCUGUUGAAGUAAAUUAUUCAUUUCGGUUUCAUUUCUCAUGACCUCUUCAACAAAUAUUUCAUGUUGUUUCUUUAAUUCCUUAAUAUGCUUAUUUUUCAUUUCAUUGUCCUCACCUAAAUCAAGGAUUGUUUUCUCUAAAACACUGUGUUCUGUGUCCUGGUUAGAUUCAUCAAAGGUUUAUUCAGAACAACAUAUUAUCUUAUUUCCCAAUAACCUCUUCAACUUUCUGUACCUUGCAUUUAAAGAUAGAUACUUCUUCACUUGCGGCCAUCUUGAAAGGACAAGAUUACGCAAGAGAAACAAUGACGAUGAAUUAAAGAUACCCAUCACCCCGACUGAAAAUAAACCUGAACCUGAAAUUAAAAUCAAGAAAGAAUUUUCAGAGCAGAAGAUUGACCUCAAAGCUGCCCUAGAAAAACUUGGAGAUAACAUUGAGACUGUUACCAUAAGCGAUGAAGAAGAUGAGGGACGGGAAGUACUGAGUUUCAAUCCAAAAGCAAGUGGUUUAGAUGAAAAAACUCCUACUUAUCCAUCUGUUAGAGAUCUUUUUGGUGAAGAUGAAUGUGUCUAUGUGAUGGAUGCCAAAAAUGCAGGGAAUAUUGGACGUUUUCUCAAUCACUCUUGUUCUCCAAACGUGUUUGUUCAAAAUGUGUUUGUAGACACUCAUGAUCCACGAUUCCCUUGGGUGUCAUUUUUUUCAUCUCAGUUUAUCAGGGCUGGAACAGAACUGACGUGGAACUAUAACUAUGACAUUGGCAGUGUACCUGGACGUGUUUUAUAUUGUCAUUGUGCUUCUUUGGAAUGUAAAGGAAGACUUUUGUAAUAUUUUGUAUUUGCUCAUUUUCUAAAAAAAUUCUAUUUUCAUUGUAUGUAAUCAAUACUUCUUAGGCUACCUUUUUAGGAUAAUGUAUUUUGUUUGGUGAAUGCAUUUCUUAUUGUAACAGAUAAUUUCCUUCCAGCUAAUUGAAAAUAAAUGAUGAAAAAUUAAA